CGCGCUGAUUUUUGUUCCUCUCUGUGAACUAACUCGACGCUAUAAUCUGCACGACGAUUAAACUAGCAAAUACAGAUCUUAAGUCAAUCUCUAAAGAGACCAACUGGCCCAACACAGGGCAACAGCAUUACCUUUAUAAUAACUAAACGGAAGACUGGAGUACUUCACAUAUGAUCUCCAAAUUUACUCGAUUACGCAUCAAAAUAAAAAACGAUUUAUGUGUGCCAUGCUGGGACUAUUAUCAACAAAACCGUAUAUCCUCUACGGAAAAUACAGCAAAUAUACUUACCUCGGUUGAAGUAAAAAAUCAAGAACAGCUUCUGCACCGUCGCUGUUCGGUAGUAAAUGAUUGAUCGAAAACUCGGAAAUAGUUGCAUGUAGCAGGGCAUCCAAAGUCCAAAGGUGAAAAACAAGCCAGAGGAGAACGAUCCUCCAGCUGGAAGAGAAAGAGCAUCAGUAUGACUGAAGUGAGCAGCCAGCUUCCUGCAGAGCCCAUCUCAGCAGUAGGGAUCGUUGCAUCUCCCAGCAAAGCUCCUGAUGGAUUCCUAGUUGUUGCACAAACAACAGAUGGCUCUGACGCCGACCUGUGGAAGGACGGCUUAUUCAAAUCCAAGGUCACCCGCUACCUCUGUUUCACCAGAAAUCCUGGGGUCGAUGUAGUUACGGAUGUUAAGCUGACUGACAUUAAGGACGCUUUGCCGGAGGGUUUCACGCCUUUACAAGAAACAUUGGACAGUAAGGAAACUGCCACGAGAAAGAAGAGGCUGUGUGUGAGAGUGAGCCCUCGCGGCUCCACUCAGACAGCUGUGUAUGACAUCCAGAUCGUGGCCAAGUCAAAGUACCAUCUUGUUAACUACACCUGCGUCGGGGAGAUCAAUAACAUGUUUUUGUGGUCCCGACUUGGAGAUGUCCAUUCACAAAAACUUCAAACAGCGAGUGAAUCCAACAGUGCAACUCCGGCUCAAACUGUGAGGAGGAGCACUAGCCGGCCAGACUGUGAGCGGAUUAACAGCGGAGGUUUCACCAAGACUGAUCUACUGAGGGCCCAGCGCCCGCACGCUCCGGCAGCAGCAGCUUCAACACACUCCCUCCACUGGAAUGGCACAGAUGGCAUGCCCGGGCGACAAAAUAAACUACAAUAUGUCUGGAGAUGCUGUCAGGCCUGGGCACUAUUGCUCAUGUCAUAGUGGGGCUAAGGGCUGUGAGUGGGCACAGGGGGUCCUCCUCCAGCUCUACUGCGACUCACCAUUAUCUGCAGAGGUGACAGAGAGCGCUCUGCCCCUAGAAUAGCAUCUCCAUGGUCUGCAUAAGGAACCCUCUCAAAAUGAGAGUCACAGCGACAGGGAAGGUCUCACAAUGUCUACACCUCAAGAAACCCUGAUGCUGUUGUUUGGCAUAUAAAACCUAGCACCCUCUUUUUACAUGUUUCAAAUUGUAUUAUUUUGCCACAGAAAACAAUGUUAAGAUGGUAAUUCAUGCUGCGCAUUAUUGGUUCACUGUUGACCUUCUUAUUUAAUUUAGUCCACGAAGGAUUCACCCAGGUAAUGGUACCAGACAGAGAUCAA